AUGGAGGAUGAGUUACAAGAAUUGAGGGAUUUGGUAGCCCAGUUGAGAGCUGACAAUGCACGGUUGCAGCAGGCGCAGGCACCCGUUGGGUUGCCUGGUCCUGAUGCCGCCUUGCCUUGUACCUCCAUUGUUCCGCCUGUUACACCUCAACCAUCUGGUGCCGUUGCACCCGAACGAUUUGUUUUUGUGCCGCGAGAUCGACGGUUGGUCAUUGGGUGUGGUGUCCUGGUGGUUCGGGAUCCUCCUGACGGUGUGAGUUUGGAGGUCCCUGGGGUGCUGGGGAUGAACAUCCUUGGCCGGUGUUAUCAGGGGCUUUUUGGGCAGCAUGGCAGCGCUUUCUUUGACUUACCUGUGAUCACACAAUUACCCGGUGUGUCAAGUGCAUUGCAAUGUUGUCGUCAAGUAAAUGCUAUGAAGCUCUCUGAUCAUGGGUGUGUGCGGGUGCGCGGACGUAGGGUUUGUCGCAUCCCAGGUGGCACAAUGAAGCUGGUGGCCACAACCUGUUCUGCCCAGUAUUUUGGCAGUACUGUUUUGUUUGAGCCCCCUGAGUCAGGCCUCCCAGCUGGGCUUCUGGCAUCACCUGCUUUGGUGAGGGUAAAUCGAGGGACCGUUUACAUGCCUGUAGUGAAUGUUGGCACAGUGGAAGUAAUGCUUCGACCUACAACGGUGGUGGGUAAUUUGAGGGAGGUCUAUAUAGUCAGUUUGCCCGCGGGGGUCAGGGAAGAAAAGCCAGUAGUUGCCACAGUCCAGUCCCAUAGUGUGGUGGGGGGUUCUACCUUGUCCCAACAGAUUGAGUCCCUUGAUUUAUCAGUUUUGUCCCGUUCAGAGCAGGGUCAGGUUAGAGCCCUGCUGCAGAAAUAUCAGACAGUUUUUUCAGGCCAUGAGAGUGAUCUAGGUUGCACUCGCCUAAUUUCCCAUGACAUACCUUUAUUGGAUAAUGUCCCGGUGCGUCAACGAUAUCGACGGAUUCCUCCUUCUGAAUAUGAGGUGGUAAAAACUCAUAUCAAUCAGUUGUUGGAGGCUGGAAUAGUUCGAGAGAGUUGUAGCCCUUACGCAUCCCCGAUAGUGUUGGUCAAAAAGAAGGAUGGUAGUCUGCGAAUGUACGUAGACUAUCGUCACCUGAAUGCCAAGACUAGGAGGGAUGCAUUUCCCCUGCCUCGUAUUGAGGAGUCUUUGGACUCACUAGCUGGGGCUCGCUGGUUCUCUACAUUGGAUUUGGCCAGUGGCUACUUGCAGGUUCCUGUUUCUGAGCAAGGUAAGCCGAAGACUGCGUUCUGUACACCGUUCGGAUUAUUUGAAUGGAACCGUAUGCCUUUUGGCCUUUGUAAUGCUCCAGGUACGUUUCAGAGGUUAAUGGAGCGAUUAUUCGGUGACCAGCGGUGUCAGUCCCUGAUUCUAUAUCUUGACGAUGUUGUGGUGUUUUCCUCUUCCAUAGUUCAGCAUUUGGAGAGAUUGGACAUGGUCUUGGGUCGUCUGGAGAAGGAAGGACUCAAGGCAAAGCUGGGGAAAUGUGUUUUCUUCAGACCCGAAGUGAAGUACUUGGGGCAUGUUAUAUCUGCGCAAGGGGUAGCAACUGAUCCAGGUAAAAUCGAGGCUUUUGCACAAUGGCGUUGCCCUGAGACUGUGUCUGAGUUACGAGCAUUCCUUGGUUUUGUAAGUUAUUAUAGGCGUUUUGUGGAGGGGUUUGCCAAAUUGGCAGCACCUCUGCAUAGGCUGGUUGCUGAAGUGAUGGGAGGUAAGUCAAGUAAGUCAGGCAAAGGAAGAGGGCAGAGUUUGACCCAUGCGUGGACCGAGCAGUGUCAGACAACCUUUGAGGCCCUAAGAGGGAAGUUAACAUCUGCCCCAGUACUGGCUUAUGCAGAUUUUUCCAAAACCUUCAUCCUUGAGGUAGACGCUAGCCAUGGGGGUCUGGGGGCAGUCCUCUCCCAAGAAUUUGAAGGGAAGAUUCGACCUAUAGCGUAUGCCAGUCGUAGCCUAAGGCCCACGGAGCGUAAUAUGACUAAUUACAGCUCGAUGAAACUAGAGUUUCUUGCGCUCAAAUGGGCCAUGGUUGAAAAGUUCAGGGAGUACCUUCUGGGGCACAAAUGUAUUGUGUUCACUGAUAAUAAUCCCCUGAGUCAUUUAGCCACGGCAAAGCUCGGAGCCACCGAACAACGUUGGGCCGCAGAGUUGGCUGCAUUUGAUUUUGAGGUAAGAUAUAGGUCAGGAAGGAGUAACGGUAAUGCAGACGCUCUCUCUCGCCAGAACCCAGUCUUCCAGGGAGAAGUUAAGGAGUUAGCUGCUAGUGUCGCAAUUCCGGAGUCGUUGCAGCAGGCCAUUGGCACAGGAUGUGGUGUUCAGGCAGAUGUGAGGGCGGUGAGUGCGUUGCCGGGUUAUUCUGCCUCCAAUAUGCGUUCUAUGCAGGAGGCUGAUCCCGUUAUUGGACCGGUAAUACAAUUUUGGGAACAGGGCCAGCGUCCAGGGUCGGAGGAGCGGAAGCAGUUGAAUAAACCAGUUUUGACUCUCCUUCAGCAAUGGGACAGAUUAAAAGCAAGGGAAGGAGUUUUGCAUCGGAAGAUAUUCCGUCCUGACGGAGGGGAAGAGUGUUAUCAGUUAGUGUUACCCUCAACGAUAUCGACGGAUUCCUCCUUCUUGUUGGUCAAAAAGAAGGAUGGUAGUCUGCGAAUGUGCGUAGACUAUCGUCACCUGAAUGCCAAGACUAGGAGGGAUGCAUUUCCCCUGCCUCGUAUUGAGGAGUCUUUGGACUCACUAGCUGGGGCUCGCUGGUUCUCUACAUUGGAUUUGGCCAGUGGCUACUUGCAGGUUCCUGUUUCUGAGCAAGUUCAGCAUUUGGAGAGAUUGGACAUGGUCUUGGGUCGUCUGGAGAAGGAAGGACUCAAGGCAAAGCUGGGGAAAUGUGUUUUCUUCAGACCCGAAGUGAAGUACUUGGGGCAUGUUAUAUCUGCGCAAGGGGUAGCAACUGAUCCAGGUAAAAUCGAGGCUUUUGCACAAUGGCGUUGCCCUGAGACUGUGUCUGAGUUACGAGCAUUCCUUGGUUUUGUAAGUUAUUAUAGGCGUUUUGUGGAGGGGUUUGCCAAAUUGGCAGCACCUCUGCAUAGGCUGGUUGCUGAAGUGAUGGGAGGUAAGUCAAGUAAGUCAGGCAAAGGAAGAGGGCAGAGUUUGACCCAUGCGUGGACCGAGCAGUGUCAGACAACCUUUGAGGCCCUAAGAGGGAAGUUAACAUCUGCCCCAGUACUGGCUUAUGCAGAUUUUUCCAAAACCUUCAUCCUUGAGGUAGACGCUAGCCAUGGGGGUCUGGGGGCAGUCCUCUCCCAAGAAUUUGAAGGGAAGAUUCGACCUAUAGCGUAUGCCAGUCGUAGCCUAAGGCCCACGGAGCGUAAUAUGACUAAUUACAGCUCGAUGAAACUAGAGUUUCUUGCGCUCAAAUGGGCCAUGGUUGAAAAGUUCAGGGAGUACCUUCUGGGGCACAAAUGUAUUGUGUUCACUGAUAAUAAUCCCCUGAGUCAUUUAGCCACGGCAAAGCUCGGAGCCACCGAACAACACCAGGGCCAUAACUUUGAAUCUGCUCUUAUUCUGCAGCUUUGUGAGCUUUAUCAGGUAAGGAAGUCUCGUACCACCCCCUACCAUCCGGCCGGUAAUGGGCAAUGUGAGCGAUUUAAUCGCACUUUGCAUAACUUGUUGCGAACCUUGCCGGGCUCAAGGAAGAGGGACUGGGUGUCUUGUUUGUCACAGGUGAUAUUUUGUUAUAACACCACUCCUCAUCAAGUGACUGGAGAGUCCCCAUAUUACUUAAUGUUCGGUCAAGAACCCCAGUUGCCGAUAGACUUUUUGCUUGGUAGGGUGCCUGAACCGGCCACCGGAAGCAUACACAGCUGGGUCGUGGAACAUCGUAGGCGAUUGCAGGUUGCCUUUGAGGGGGCACGUGAGCGGCUGAAGGCGGCAGCAGCCCGUCGGAAGAGGCAGCAUGACCAAUAUGUUCGAGAUCUACCCUUAUCUGAGGGUCAGUUAGUCUACUUAAGAGAUCAUGUAGUGCAGGGUCGCCACAAGAUCCAGGACUUGUGGAGUUCGGUGAUCUAUCAGGUGGUCCACUCCCCCGAAGAGGGAGGUGUGAUGUAUACCAUUGCGCCGAUUACAGAUCUGGGUAAGGUACGGAGAGUGCAUCGUUCUCUGUUGAAGGCUUGUGUCCAGAAGGAGGUAUUGCCUGUUGAUCAGUCUGCGGGUGUUGUAGAGAAUCAGGAGGACCCCCAGGAGUAUGAAGAGGCAGACGAUGUCGAUUUGGUGGUAUUGGUGCCAGAGACUCCUUGGGCUAUUCAGGGAAUGUGA